AUGACCACGCGGGCUACAACUGGUGCCGAAACCCGGAAUGCCGGGCUACCGACCAUCGUCGGCACUGAGGAGACCCCCCCACUGCAGGGAGGAUUCAGAACUGCAGUCUCAGAUUCAAAUUGCCGCCACGCUAUAUUAGAGGGAGAAGCCGUUUUAGGGGAACUACAGGAUAGCAUGUCAGAAACAGAGCGAAGUGAACGUCUUGGGGCCCGAAAGAAAAGACGUAAGGAUAAGCAGUUAAACCCCUCCAAGGAGGAGAAAGAUAAGGGAAAGGACGCCCUGGGAGAGAAAGAUAAGGAGGAAUUUUCAGCUAAAACUAGUAAAAAGAAGCCUUUGUAUUCACUAAAGGAACUAGAGGCUUUGGGACUUUCCAGUUCCGAUUCAGAGGGACUUUCCCCUUCUGAGGAGGAGGAUCUAGAAGAGGAAGCAGCUCGCUAAGAGAGAGAGAGGUACCACCCAGACGAGCGGCCGCCCUGGAAAAAUCAAAAGCAAAUAAAAGGAGGAAGUCGGGGUGCUGUCUCUUCUAGGCCCACUGCUUCUGCCACUCCCUCUGCUCCCCCGCCUUAUUCCCCCCAGGUGGGCUCUAAGACAUUUAUGUCCUCCCAGGCUCGAAGGCAAAUUUCUCUCGAGUACCCUGUAUGGGAAAAUGUUGAAGGAGGAUGCACUCAUGUAGCCGUAGAUUACCCUCAGAUCAAAGAGCUCGCAGAAUCUGUCAAUAAAUAUGGUAUAGAUGCUAAUUUUACCAUUAUGCAGCUAGAGAGACUUGCCACCGUGGCUAUGACUCCUAAUUAUUGGGAGACCACUAUUAAAGCUGCCUUACCUAACAUGGGUCAGUAUAUGGAAUGGCAGGCACUAUGGUAUGACGCCUGUCGAGCUCAAGCUCGGACUAAUGCCUUGGAAGUGGGUCCCCAGAGAGAAUGGACCUUUGAUCUCUUAACAGGACAAGGUCAAUAUGACAACAAUCAGACCAACUAUGAAUGGGGAGCUUAUGGGCAGGUUUCAACCGCUGCUAUUAGAGCUUGGAAAGCACUUUCAAAAAAGGGGGAACCCACAGGUCAUUUAACAAAAAUAAUUCAAGGUCCUCAGGAGCCUUUUGCUGAUUUCGUGGCCCGAAUGACGGAAUCAGCAGGCAGGAUCUUUGGUGAUCCGGAACAAGUUAAGCCAAUGAUAGAACAAUUAAUCUAUGAAAAUGCUUCCCCCGAAUGUAAAGCAGCUAUCCUCCCAAGGAAAAAUAAGGGAUUAACAGACUGGAUAAAAAUCUGCCGAGGACUGGGAGGACCUCUUACAAAUGCUGGUUUAGCGGCAGCUAUUUUACAAAGCAGAAGCCAAGGUCAAUCAAAGAAUUCUAGGGUUUGUUUCAACUGUGGAAAACCUGGACAUCUCAAACGAGAAUGUCAGACUAAACAGCAGAAAAAGAUCCCUGGUCUCUGUCCAAAGUGUAAAAAAGGACGCCAUUGGUCCAAUGAGUGUAGGUCGGUUAAGGAUAUUCAAGGAAAAAUU